CCCUGCACACAUCGUGAUCAUCAUGAACGAGCAGAUACUAUACCUAUCCCUCCCCAUCCUCGCGCUCCUCACCUUCCUAUACCUCGCGUUCCCACCCCGCACUCGCACUGGGACCUCCCUACCCCUCCCGCCCGGCCCACCCGCGCAUUGGCUCCCCGGCAUCGGCUCGCCUUGGACAACAACCUACGCGCCUCGCCUGUUCGCAAAGUGGACUGAAGAAUACGGGCCCGUGUUCGCGCUGCGCCGAGGAUGGCGCGACGUGUACGUCGUGAUUGGGCGGUGGAAGGCCGCGCAGGAGAUUAUGGAGCGGGAGGGCGGGGCGCUCGCGGACCGGCCGAGUCAUGUCGCUGCGGGAGAGGUGUUGAGCGGCGGGAUGCGGAUCGUGACGAUGGGGAGCGGGGAGCGGCUUGUGCGGUUGCGGAGGCUCCUGCACGCCGUGCUCCAGCCCAAACUCGCAGCAUCGUACGAGCCCCUGCAGACGCAGCACUCUCACGCCCUCAUCCUCGACAUCCUCGCAGACCCCGCGCACCACCAGCUGCACGCCCGUCGCUACGCCGCAGCCGUCAUCCUCGCGCUGACGUACGGCAAGACGAGCCCGACGCACUAUGACGAUGCCGAGGUCGUUGCCGUGCGCACGUGUCUCGGGCGGCUGGGCUCGACGAUGCGGCAUGGUGCGUGGCGCGUCGAUGCGCGCGGGUUCGGAUGGCUGAGGUGGGUGCCGGGGUAUCUCGGCGAGCUAAGGGGGUGGCAUAGGGAGGAGAGGGCGCUGUUCGAGGGGCAGUUGGAGGAGGCGAGGCGGCGCAUGGAUGAGGGAGACGAGACACCGUGUCUUGUAAGGCAUAUGCUCGAGCAUCAAGCGGAGUUUAGAAUUGCGGAUGAGGAGUUGGCGUAUGUCGCUGGGUCUAUGUUCGGUGCGGGAUCUGAGACGACUGCGUCGGCGGUUACAAUUGCGAUCAUGGCAGCCACGCUGCACCCGGACGCACAGACAAAGGUGCAGGAGGAGCUGGAUGCGGUGGUGGGGCGCGAGCGAGCACCGACAUUCGAAGACCGUCCCAACUUGCCUCAGACAGUCGCAUUCAUGCUCGAAGCGUUCCGCUGGCGGCCCGUCAGCGUCGGCGGCUUCGCCCACCGUGCGACGCGCGAUGUCAUCUGGAGCGGGUAUAGGAUUCCGGAGGGUGCGGUUGUCAUUGCGAAUCAUUGGGCAAUUGCGCACGAUCCGGAGGUGUACCCCGAGCCGGAGAAGUUUGAUCCGCAGAGGUGGAUCGACGAGGAGGGGAGGGUCAGGGAGGAGGAUAGGCGGUUUUGUACGUAUGGGUUUGGGAGACGCGUGUGCCCCGGGAACCACGUCGCGAACAGAUCGGUGUUCAUCAACACGGCACUAAUCCUAUGGGCGUUCCGGCUUCGGGAAAAUCCGACAGCGCCGAUCGACUCGAUGGCGUUCAGCGACGCGUCGAACAUGCACGCGGACCCGUUUGAGGUCGUGUUUGAGAAUAGAAUCGAGGAGGGGGAGAUGAAGAGGAUCUUGGGCGAGGUAUGA